AUGGGCAACACCCCGUCGAAGAAGGGCGACGGGAACGGCCCCCAGCUCGACCGCGAUGGCUACGCUUCCUUCUCCCGCUCCGACACGAAGGAGUCGACGCGCUCGAUAAGAAACUCGCUCCGCAACAAGAUCCCCGGCACCAGCACCAAGACAGACAGCCCGCGCAAUUCGAUCCAGGGCCUGGGCCAGGACAGCAACAGCAGCCUGAGCAACCUGGAGAAGCUGGACUCGCCCGCAAAGUCUGCCCAUCGACGGUCGGGCUCCACGUCGUCGGCGCCACCCCCCGCUCUCGACGCUGCCCAGUCGCCCGCCGACGCCGUCGACGACAGCGACCAGCCCCCGCCUUCGCCCACCCAGUCGGCAACCGUAGGCCAUGGCCACGAGUCUGUCGACCAGGCGCAGCGCACCGGUGAAGUUGACCACGUUUCGGACACACCCCCCACCGGCCUGCCGCCGCCAUCCGCCCUGACCAAGCCCAAGGAAUCCAUUCUUUUGAAGCGAGACCAGCCAAUCCCCAGGGCGUCGGAGGCACAGACGGAGAAUGGGUCGCCGACCAUGGAGCUGGGCGCGCCCAAAUCUAUUGACAUUGACGACAUGAUCUCCAGGUUGCUGGACGCGGGCUAUUCGGCCAAGGUCACAAAGACUGUGUGCUUGAAGAACGCCGAGAUUUUUGCUAUCUGCCAGGCCGCGCGCGAGCUCUUCCUCUCGCAACCCGCGCUCCUGGAGCUUUCACCGCCAGUCAAAAUCGUUGGUGAUGUGCACGGGCAAUACACGGACCUCAUCAGAAUGUUCGAGAUGUGCGGUUUUCCGCCCAGUUCCAACUACUUGUUUUUGGGUGACUACGUCGACCGAGGCAAGCAAAGCUUGGAGACGAUUCUGCUGCUGUUGUGCUACAAGCUCAAGUUUCCCGAGAACUUCUUCCUGCUGCGCGGCAACCACGAGUGUGCCAACGUUACCCGUGUCUAUGGCUUCUACGAUGAGUGCAAGCGCAGGUGCAAUGUCAAGGUCUGGAAGGCUUUUGUCGACACCUUCAACACUCUGCCCAUUGCUGCCAUUGUCGCAGGCAAGAUCUUUUGCGUCCACGGUGGUCUUUCCCCAAGUCUCUCGCAUAUGGACGACAUUCGCCAGAUUGCCAGGCCUACUGAUGUCCCUGAUUACGGUCUAUUGAAUGAUCUGUUGUGGAGCGAUCCGGCAGAUAUGGAUAAUGAUUGGGAAGCGAACGAAAGAGGAGUCAGUUACUGUUUCGGGAAGAAGGUUAUCAUGGAAUUCCUGCAGCGCCACGACUUCGACUUGGUUUGCCGCGCGCACAUGGUGGUGGAGGACGGAUACGAAUUCUUCAACGACCGCAUCUUGGUGACGGUCUUCUCAGCACCUAAUUACUGCGGCGAGUUCGACAACUGGGGAGCAGUCAUGUCGGUGUCUGCCGAACUCCUCUGCAGCUUCGAACUGCUCAAGCCAUUAGACUCGAGUGCACUGAAGAGCCACAUCAAGAAGGGCAGGAACAAGAGGCAGAGCAUGCUCAACAGCCCGCCGGCAAAUCAGUACCCGCAAUCUUACUAA